GUCGGUUUGAGUUUGUCGGUUUGUACUUCAUGUUCAAUUUGUUGAUUAUUUAUUUAUUAGAACGUUGCGUUUCGAUUUUAAUGUUAGAUAAUUAUUUUAAGCCGAAGGAGCAUAUUUCGUGGCAUAAAUAAGAAAAAACUACAAGCAUCGAAAACUAGUAUUUUGAAGUCUGCUUGAUUCCAUGGAUUAUUUAUAUUUCAUAUAUUUUAUAACCUAAUAAGAAACUCAUGCCAUCGAAAGUGACAGAAGCAUAUCCGCUAAGUUCCAAUGUAAUAAUAUUUUAGGAAGUAUUUUUAAAUUAAUGAGGUGAAAGAGCAAAACCUUGACAUAUAUAUUUUACAAACUCAAAUGUCAACCGAAUAAUAAAGGGGAUGAAAUCAUUCCUAAUAUUUUUUUAAAUAUAACAAUAAAUGUCAAUUAUUUGUUUGGGCAUUUAUUGUUCCACCAUGAAAAUAUUGGUCGAUAUGUGAUCAUAAAAUAUAAAAUGCUUUCCUGAUUUAAAUUCUUGUGUGCUUUUGGCAAUAACGAUCGCUGUUGAAAAAAAUUCUAAUUUGAUUGUCAUUUGAAUGAGAAUGUAUCACACAUAUUAUCCUCAAAUAGUUUAUACAAUAAAUUCACAAGAAACUGGAAUCACAGGUCCGUCAAAUAUUUCACUUUAUGACGGAAUCCAAUUUUUAUCAUUGACUAACUCACAGAAUAGUAAGGAUUAUAUUAACAAUACAGUUAAAAUGGCUGGUGUGACUGUUUCAUCUACUCAACCAAAUUAUAAUCGAGAAGGAAUUGCUCUCAACCAAGCAAAACUUCAUAAUAAUAAGGCAAUGAAUCAGCAACAGCAAAAUGUGGAUUCAAAAAGUCAAAGCAACAAUCAUGGCUCAGAAAAUAUGCAUUUCAAUUACCGUGGCCCACAUAGAUUUUUUCAUAACUCCAUGAAUAAUGAUAUCAAUAAGCAGUAUUGCAAUGCAAAUAAAGAGAGAAAAUAUAAUAAUUAUCAAGGAGUGUACAAUAAGCAGCCAAGUAAUAAGCAAAAUGCUCAUAACAUGGAGAAAGUACAAAAUUCACACAAAACAAAUUUUAAUGUUAAUAAGUCCGAAAAUUAUAAUCACAACAAUAAUUAUCAACAUCACAAUCGAAAUAAUCAUGGUACAGGCUACAAACGAAAUUGGUGUUGGCAAAAUAGGCAACGAAAUCAGAACAAAAAUGUUCUAAACGUGGAUAGUGUAAGUAGUUCAUCAUCAUCGUCUUCGACAAGACAAUCAUCCGUUUCACCAGCACCUGCAGAAAUCAAUUCAACCUGUGUUAAGAAAGAUGUUGAAAAUUGCCAUAAUGGAGCAACAACAGGAACACAAAUAACACCCAGAAAAUCUCCAACACUAGGGGAAUUUAUGCUUAAACCACUGAUUGAUAGAGAGCAAGUGAAAAACUGUUCGAAAAGUUUAUCCUUGAAGAAGAGCAACUAUGGUUCAGACCCUUAUCUGAACAAUGCAUGCUUUAUAGCUGAAUCAUGGCCGGACCAGUAUGACUAUGGAAAUCAUCAGUAUUAUCAUCACAAAGGCUUCCGAAUAAAUCAAAAUUGUGAUCAAGGAAAUCAAUAUAUGUACAAUAAUGGAUAUGGAAAUUCAAAUAAGAAAGGUAAUCCGCAUAAAAAGCAAUUUUCAAAUGUUACAAAAGAUCAUCGGCUUGGAGUGUGCUACCAAAAAACUAGAAUGUAUCACUUGGCACUACAGAGAGAACCAAAUUCUGGUUGGGACUACUCUAAACCUAUAGGACAUAGUAUUCCAUACAGUUUGCACAAUUUACUGGAUUUAUAUAACUAUUAUAAUUUGACCCCACUGGAAAGUUUGCCAUAUUAUUCUAAGAACUUCUUCGUUCCGGCUGAUAGAUUUAUCUUAAAGCUACUGAUGGAUGAUGAAAAUAUUCCACAAAUUGAUUUGAAUAAAGACAAACUGUCACAGGCAAUUUGGGAUAAAUUUUCAUCAGUUCAACAAACUAAAGAAACUUAUAGAAGUAAACUAAUGCUAUGGAAAUACUUAUUUUUAUUUAUUAAAAAUUUCCAUGCUCGAUAUAGCUUAUUUCUUGUUGGAUCUACAAUGACUGGCUUUGCAUCAAAUUCGUCUGAUGUUGAUUUUUGUUUAAUUGUUAAGAAUUCUGAAAUUGAUCAACGUAAUGAAGCACAAAUGCACUUGGACAAUUUGUAUAGGUUAAUAUUAAAUAAUGCAGAUGAUUAUUUCAAAGAUGUUCGAUUAUUUCCAGCUAAGGUUCCUAUUCUUCGAUUUCAUGAUAUUGCACAAAAUUUAGAUGUUGAUCUGAAUUGCAAUAACUUUGUUGGCAUCAGAAACACUCAUCUUUUACAUUGUUACAAUCAAAUGAAUUGGAGAUUGAAGCCUUUAGUGAUACUAGUCAAGCAAUGGGCACGAGGAAACCAAAUGAAUAGUGCUAGAGAAUCAACCAUAUCGAGUUAUUCUUUAACUUUAAUGGUCAUUCAUUAUUUGCAAUGUGGCGUUAAACCUCCAAUACUACCCUGUCUACAUGCUAUGUAUCCUGGAAAAUUCGAAAAUUACACCGAUAUUCAUACAAUAGAUAUCCAUGAAAGGCUUGAACCAUACAAAACAGACAAUAAUCAGUCACUUGGAGAGUUACUACUUGGAUUCUUUGAUUAUUACGCAAACUUUGAUUACUCGGCGUGGGCAAUAUCCAUAAGGCUUGCAAAACUGUUGAAAAUUGAUGAUUGCAAAAAUGAACAAAUGCCAAAGAAUGAUCCGACACAAUGGUUAUACAUUUGUAUUGAAGAACCCUUCGAUCGGACCAACACAGCGAGAUCGGUCUAUCUGUACAAUAUGUUUCUUUACAUUAAGUCUGUAUUUUCAUUUUCAUACAUGAAGUUGAAACAAACUCAUGAUUUAGAUCGGAUUAUGGAUUUGGGAUUACCAGUACCUGAAUUGCAAUCCUCGUCUCUUCCUGUAAAAAAUAUACCUUCGGGAAAAACUGAAACAAAGAAAUCAAAAUAUAAAAAUGGGUGUUGCCUUAGCAAUGAAAAUUCUGACCAAAAGAUAGAAUUAUCAGCAUGCGAAUGCAUACUAAAAUUAAUGAUCGAAUGAAUUUCGAAUUCAAUAUGUAUAUAUAUAUAUAUAUAUCUUUUUAUAUUCAUAAGAAUCGUUUUUAAGAAUUGCGGCUGUGAUCUUAUUAGUAGCAAAUUGUUUUGCUUUAGUCACCACAAAUCGAAAUAUGAA